UCAGAGGAUCCAGCGAGGGGCGCCAUCGAGAGGCGAGGAAGUGCCACCGGGGCAGCGGCAGGAAGAGGUGCGGGAGCAGGAGCGCCCAGCCGAGCGUCCCGACCCGCCGCCUUGCGUACUUUCUGGAGGGAGGGAGCGGGGAACCGGCCCGGAGGGGAGCGCCCCGUGGCGAGGGGCUUAGCCAAGUUCCGGUUGCGGCGCCCUUCCCUCGCUCCCACGAGAGGAAAGUUUUCUCCUGUGGUUUCCGCUGGCUCGCGCUCUCCCGGCCCAGUCUCCCGAACCUUCGGGGCGGGCGCCGUCCCAGCCCAGCUCCGGGGAAACGCCAGCCGCGAUGCCUGGGGGGUGUUCCCGGGGCCCCGCCGCCGGGAACGGGCGGCUGCGGUUGGCGCGACUGGCGCUGGUCCUCCUGGGCUGGGUCUCCUCGUCUUCUCCCACCUCCUCAGCAUCCUCCUCCUCCUCCUCGGCGCCGUUCCUGGCUUCCGCCGUGUCCGCUCAGCCCCUGCUGCCCGGCCAGUGCCCCGCGCUGUGCGAGUGCUCCGAGGCGGCGCGCACAGUCAAGUGCGUUAACCGCAAUCUGACCGAGGUGCCCACGGACCUGCCCCCCUACGUGCGCAACCUUUUCCUUACCGGCAACCAGCUGGCCGUGCUCCCUGCCGGCGCCUUCGCCCGCGUGCCGCCGCUGGCCGAGCUGGCCGCGCUCAACCUCAGCGGAAGCCGCCUGGAGGAGGUGCAGGCGGGCGCCUUCGAGCAUCUGCCCAGCCUGCGCCAGCUCGACCUCAGCCACAACCCGCUGGCCGUCCUCAGCCCCUUCGCUUUCUCAGGCAGCAAUGCCAGCGUGUCGGCCCCUAGUCCCCUUGUGGAACUGAUCCUGAACCACAUCGUGCCCCCUGAAGAUGAGCGAAAUAACCGGAGCUUCGAGGGCAUGGUGGUGGCGGCCCUGCGGGCGGGCGGUGCACUGCAUGGGCUCCACCGCCUGGAGCUGGCCAGCAACCACUUCCUUUACCUGCCGCGGGAUGUGCUGGCCCAACUGCCCAGCCUCAGGCACCUGGACUUAAGUAAUAAUUCGUUGGUAAGCUUGACCUAUGUGUCCUUCCGCAACCUGACACAUCUAGAAAGCCUCCACCUGGAAGACAAUGCCCUCAAGGUCCUUCACAAUGGCACCCUGGCUGAGUUGCAAGGUCUGCCCCACGUCAGGGUCUUCCUGGACAACAAUCCCUGGGUGUGCGACUGCCACAUGGCAGACAUGGUGGCCUGGCUCAAGGAGACAGAGGUAGUGCAAGGCAAAUACCAGCUCACCUGUGCAUUUCCGGAAAAAAUGAGGAAUCGGGUUCUCUUGGAACUCAACAGUGCUGACCUGGACUGUGACCCUAUUCUUCCCCCAUCCCUGCAAACCUCUUAUGUCUUCCUGGGUAUUGUUUUAGCCCUGAUAGGCGCUAUUUUCCUCCUGGUUUUGUAUUUGAACCGCAAGGGGAUAAAAAAGUGGAUGCAUAACAUCAGAGAUGCCUGCAGGGAUCACAUGGAAGGGUAUCAUUACAGAUAUGAAAUCAAUGCGGACCCCAGGUUAACAAACCUCAGUUCUAACUCGGAUGUCUGAGAAAUUAGAGGACAGACCAAGGACAACUCUGCAUGAGGUGUAGACUUAAGCUUUAUCCCUACUAGGCUUGCUCCACUUUUAUCCUCUAUAGACACCGCUGACUUUGACUAAAAGCAGUGAAAGGAGAUUUGCUUCCUUGUUAUGUAAAGUUUCUUGGUGUAUUCUGUUAACGUAAGGCGAUGAACAACUGUGUAGAAUGUUUUACCCUCUUUUGCUUGGAACUCCUUACACGUGUGGAGGGAUUUUUCAGGUUUCAGCAUGAACAUGGACUCCUUGCUGUCUGUCUGUCUCUUAGUACAGUUCAAGGUGUAGCAAGUGUACCCACACAGAUAGCAUUCAACAAAAGCUGCCUCAACUUUUUGAGAAAAAUACUUUAUUAUCAGUUUUAUUCUCAUGUGCCUAAGUUGUGGAGAAAGUAAUUGCAUCCCAUAAACUGCCUGCAGACUUUAGCAAGCUCUUCAAAAUAACUCCAUAGUACACAGGAGCAUCUGCAUCCAGGAGCAUGCUUACAUUUUACUGUUCUGCAUAUUACAAAAAAUAACUUGCAACUUCAGAUAAUUUCUGAAAAUUAAAAGUAAAUUGCUUUUUUGAUUGCAGUUUAUAUGAGACUGCACUGAAGUUUUUUUUUUUUUUGUAAUAAACUGUAUCGAGAUCCAACAGACCGAAUUGUUAAAAAAAAAUAAAUAAAUAAAGAUUCUUCAAAGAA